UUCAGAAAUACCUGAUUGUGACCUCAAUUGAUCCUGGAAUCUACUUUUGGCCUUCUCAUCACUAAGUUCAACUAGCAGGUCCUCUGAGUAUGGUUUUUCUGCGUCCAUUGAGGCGCAAGCAGAUACGUGCUCGUAAUAAAGCAUGGUCGGAGUCCAAGCAGGUAUUUCAGAAUGAGCAACAAUCUUCCAUCGACCCUCUCCAACUAUGACUGAUGGCAAUAUGGUCUAUUUGAGUCCAUCGUUGGUUUGGUGUAGGGGGUCGUCAUGUUAGACGAUGUCUCUCCUUAUUCUUAAAAUUUGUGUUUGCUAGAAAUAAACGAUUGUCUGAGCACAGUUGCAGCAGACAGUCACCAUUAUCUGUUUGCUGAGCCGGGAUACUAAAAUACCUACUUCAAUGUCUUUCUGUUUGGUUUAAGCUUCCUACGUGGGCAUUAAAGUCAUGUGCUACGAGUAUUAUGUCUGGGCGUUUAGCUCUUUGAAUAAGUUCAGAAAGCUAACUGUAAGUUAUCUUUCACUUCAUCCAGGCCGCAGUCAGUGAGAGCGUAGGCAGAAACAAAGAAAAGGCAACGUGUGUCUCUAUCCUUCCGAGUUCUUACGGAGCCGUUUAGCCGAACAGCACAUAGGCGACUAUUAACGGGGAUCUACUCUAAUAGUGCUUGUUCCGUCCUCGUAUUUAGUGUUAUGCCUACACCUGCUAGUCCACGAGAACUGGCCAUUGGGUCGCCAUAUGCACGGAAGGCGUAUCUCGUCGGCUCUCCGUUUUGGCAAGGUGAGGUCAAGUGAAUGACUACACUAGUAUCCUGUAUGCGUGUUUCGGAAACAAAACAUAUAUCAAUAGUACGAGAUUCAAGGGUUUUAGCCAGGGAGCCCUGAUGGCCGAUUUGACCUGGGCUGUGUACGUUGAAGGCUGCAAUGUGUAGUUUGGAGCGAGAUUUCAGUAGACCUGGGACAAUGUUUUGCGCACUAGAAUCGUUGGCUAUGGUGACACUUCAGGAGGAAGCCAAAAGAGGAAGUUUAGUGUUGAAAGUCGGUGUAGGAGGAAUAAUAGGAAUUGGAGAGGGUGGUUGAUUAUGAAUACAGUGGUCUUGAGUGGUGUUAGAGGUAUGAAGGCGGUUUUCACUUCCCGGUCGCCCACACCGUGGGAGGGUUCUUCUAGAGGUACCUGAAAGGGAAAUUGGGCAUGAGGUGGUUUUAAUGACCUGAGAGUGUGACCAGUGCCCAAAAGACAACUACUUAAGGUUUGCAACAUACGACCUUUUUGUGGGAAAUUUUCGUUUUAGCUCCGUACUUGUUGAGACCUUACCGCCGGGGAAGAAGAUCCAUGAGAUAAGACAUAGAUAGGAAGGAAUUUUUAUUUGAAAAUCCUGUUAAUGAUAUACCUAUGGACGUAAGACGAGUGAAACUGAUCAGCCAAUCAGAAUGGAAACGUUUAAAAAACAAACUGGAUAGUAAUUUGAAUGAAACUUCUAGAAUAGAAGAGAAGAAGUUACAGAUUGAAAAAAUUAAAACACAGUCAAGAGAAAUGGUAAAAAAAUGGACAAAUACACUUUUGGGAUCAAGAGAAAAGAAGCUUGAAGAUCGUUCUAAUCGUUUGGCCGAUGAGGAAAAAGGUAGAAUGGCCAUCGAUCGUAAAGAGGAGAAAUUCCAAGUGGAACAAAGAAAGAAAGCUGUCGAUAAAGCGAAGCAGCAAUUAUAUUACGAAACGGAUCGUGUUCGAUCAUUACAUUCAGGCUUAAACCUAGCAGAAACUUUGAAAGAACGUGAUAUGCAACUGAGAUUUAAACAUUUCAAAAAUAAAUCAGAAGUGAACAAAGAAAAAAUAUAUCUCGAAACGAUGCGGAAAAGUAUUGAAGGAGCUAUAAAGAAAGAACUAGACGAAGCUGAAAGAAGACAUGAGAAAAAUUUAUUAAAUGCUCAAGAAUUAAUAGCACAAAUAAAAGAACAUGAUGAACAGAAAAAACGUCGUAAAGAACAAAUAUCAGCUGAAGGCGAAGCGUUGAGAAAGAAUGCAACAAUUGAUUUAUUAGAACGUGAGAAGCUCGAUCAAAUCUAUCGUGAUCAGAUGAGAAAACUAGCAAAAGAAUUUCAGGACCAAAUUAAUGGUCAUAUACAAAUGAAAGAGAUUGAAAAAUUAUAUGAUGAAGAAAUUGAAGAACAAUGUCGAUUGUUUGCAGCAGCUAAGAUCAAAAUGACAAAAAUGCGUAUCAUGAAGGAACGUGAUAUGUUUCAACAAAAAGAAGCUGAACUACAAAAAAUACAAGAAUAUUUAUCAGAACGAUUGAAAAAUGCACAAACUAAUGAAGAAGCUCGGUUAAACAGAGCAACAACAGAAAAAGAAGAAAAAUACCAACGAGAUACAAAAGAAAGAUAUGACAAACAACUGAAAAUUAUCCAAGAAAUCAAUGAAUAUAGAGUGGAUGAAAUAGAAAGACGUAGAAAACGAUUAGAAGACGAGAAACAAAUGGAAUUAUGUGAAAUACGUGGAAGGAUAGCGGCUGAAUUGGCAUUAACUGAAUAUGAAAAUGCAUGUAAGACAAAAAAACUGGAAGAACGAAAGCAAUUAUCACGACAGUUACUGCAGGAAUCAAUGGUAAAACGAGUACUAGCCAAGAAAGAACGCAAAGCAGAAAUUGAAGCGAUAACCAAUGAAAAUAAACUGAUUCAAAUGGAAGAAAAAAUUUUUCAAGAUUACGCAACUAGAGUAAUUAAUCAUUGUAAAGCGAACGGUCGAAAUGUUUAUCCAUUGGAAAAAGCAACCCAUACAGGAUCAAUGACUGGUCUAGGCACCGGUUUACCAAGUUUAGUGACCAUUAAUAUGAAUCAUCCAACUGAUGAUCAACACAACAGUGAUCAAUCUACGAAUACGAAUGAUCAACGUUACAAUAAAGAAGUGCGCAACAAUGCUAUGUUAAAUGGAAACUUGACAAAUAAAAAAAUUAAUACUAACAAGCGUUUAGGAUUUGUUUGGUGAAUAUGUAUCUAUGUCUUUUAUGAAUUUAUAUUAAUCUCUUGAAAAUAUGUACUCCUUUACAAAGUUAUAUUUAUUUGUUGGUUAAAGUAAAGAUAAGUAUAUCUGAU